AUGGCGUCUUUCGGCGGCGAAGGAGCCGAGAUCUCGCCAGAAGAUCGGGUGCAAUGGGCCGCAUUGUCACCAGUCAGAGGACAAGUUUUGGAAGUUUUCCUGCCCGAGACAGACACUCACGAUCCUCCGUUUGCUUGGGCAGCAUUUUUGAUUGGAAGGGUUUCUACAAGGUUGGAUGGUUCCAUUGUUCUGGAGUGCCGCCAUUUGGGCGCCGAAGACACUCCCUAUUCUCAGGUUUUGGACGGGCAGUUCAACGAUGCUCGACGCCGCAUUCAUUUAUGUUUGACAAGACCAUGUCUCAUGACCGAAGAGAAGGACGAUGCAGACACUCCUUUCAUGCAUGUGACCCGGAUCCGGCUAUGGAGCUGGGACAGGUUCAUCUCAGUUCAGGAGUAUGUAGCCGCAAGCAGUUUAGACGCUGGUGUAGAUUGGUUGAAAGCGACAGAAGCAGUGAUGCCAAGCACACCUGGGCGCCGCUCCAGAAAUCCUCCCAAAGAGAAAGAGAAACCUAUUGGGAGAAAGAAAGAGACCAAGACACCAAAGGCGAAAGAGGGGCCCAGAAAGCGAGAGCAUGCCGCAGAAGAAGAGGAGCCGGAGACAUCUGGCAAAGGAGGAAAGCCGAAGAAGAAGGAAGAGGAGAAGGCAACCAGAGAAGAGCUACGGAGCCGCCUCAAAGCAGUUCGAGAGCGAUUGCAAGAUCCUGGCACCAUACGGGCCGAAGAUGGCUACAGCCCGGGGACCCCUGUCGCAGAGGAUGUCAGCAGUGGGUCAGAGGACGAAGGUUCGUCUUGUGCUCCGGAGAAACGCCUGACAACAGGGGCAAAUCUGGGAGAGGGUGCAGGCGCGCUGGCCAAGGCCGUAGCCCGCAAAGGUCACCCUCGUUCCAGCCAUCGACAUCAUCGAGACGCUCUGCCACUGGAGGAUACAAAAGAUUCCACUUUGAAAGGCUUGAGCGGCCAAUUGUUGAAACAGGCCUUAGCAGCGAAGACUCAGAGGGCAGCCGAGAAGAAGAGGAAAAAGAAGAAGCAGUCGAAGAAGACGGAUAUGGAGAACCUCACUGCAGCAUUAGCCAAAGUGUUUGGAAGGACACCGGAGGGGGAGCAGAAAGAGAAGAAAGGGAAGAAGAAGACCUCCAAGAAGAAGAGGAAAUUACAGGAUGGAACGAUCGUGAGCUGCAGUUCCAACUCCAGCUCCUACAGCGACGAGGUCUCCGAGGCAGUGUCAAGCGACGAAGACUUAGAGGCCCCAUUGCGAAAGAAGUCAAGGGACCAUCCAGGGUCCGUCCUCAGGAUGCUUGUCAGCCACAUACAGGAACAGUUGGAUCAGAGCGCUUUGACCGAGCUGGGGCACCCGAGCUCGACCAUGACCAGCGGCGUGAAGGUGAUGACAUAUUUCAACUUGCACGUGAAGAGCAGCUAUCCGCAUCAAUUGCGGGAGAUGCGAGAACUUCAUCAUCUGGCCGCCUGUUUGGACUUGGUCAGAAAAGGAGACUUAGCCAGGGCAGCCGACGGAUUGAUGGCCAAGCACCUCGAGCUCUUUCCUUUGGAGGAGGCCAGCGCAGCAGGGGCAGCGGCCUUGCUGGCCACCCGAAAACACGCUCGGCUCAUCUCCAAGGUUCAAGGCCCUCCUCCCAGCACUUGGACUCCGAGUGCUGGCCGUGGCCGAGGGGGGAAGGGGCGCAGCGAUUGGAACUCUGGAGAUGGGCGGGGCGAUUACAAAGGUUCUUCGCUGGUCAAGGCCGUUGCGGAGAUUUCUCCUUUGGAGCCCUCUGCCAUCGCUGCCAACGCGGGGUACCCGCGGUUGGACAGUGUUGUGUCAGAAACGAACCCGACUCCUUUGGAGCCCUCUGCCAUCGCUGCCAAGGCAGGGUACCCGCGGUUGGACAGUGUUGUGUCAGAGACGAAUCCGACUAAUCAGCCCUUGAGCUUUUUGUCAGUCCUGCAGCUGUGUGACACAUUGGAACGCACAGGAUGUGUCCUGGCCUGGACUUUACUGCAUGUUGGGCAUCGCGAGGACGGUGUGAAGAAUUCAUCACUCUGGUCGGUGCUAUUUAACUCCAGCGAGAGGUUUCGAGCCGGGCGGAAACGUUUGGCUCUGCCUAUUCGAGAGGGUGAGUUAGCCGGGCUUAGAGACAAACUGCUCAAGAUUUCUCUGCUCGAAGCAGCGGGAGAAGAUUUUGCAAAGAAACAUGCUGGGGAUUGCUGGACAUACCUUGCGUGCUACGCUUGCAAUACUCUGGUCGGGAGGCAGAAACUACUGGAACAAGGUAGAUGGAUCAAAGCAGAAGCGAGCGCCUUUCAGACCGUGCACCAGAUGACCGACCGGUUGUUGGGGCAUGGGACGCAAGAGCCAGUGACCCUAGAUGCAAUCGAAAAAGAUGUCAAGCUUGCCAGGGUCAACUACAAGGGAGAAGAGAUUGGUGUUUGUCAUAAACUUACUUUAAGACAAAUUGAACCUGCACUUCCCCCCAAAGAACAUGGUGGAUGCAUUGACUUGUUGAAGUGGGUGUCGCCUGUGACAGGUAGGUUUUUGAGGGAGCCUGAACUUUGUAUUUUGCCGGAUAAGGGUCAGAAAUUGCCUAAGUUGCAAGGGCGUAUACAUGUGGAAACAGGGGAGCUUGAUGGAAUCACACGUGUUCUGGUGAAUCGUGGCGUUUGUGACUGGACACCGUUGGAUCAAGUGCUGCAUUUUCGGGGCGAACCAGUGUUGAAUGGUCUUUUUGGAGUCCCAGAAACAUCAACCAUUGACAGUGGUGAACCCAUCCUUCGUGUUAUCAUGAAUUUGGUCCCUUCUAACUCUGUUAUGUUGCAAUUGGAAGGACUGUUAAAAGAGGCAAAGCGGCAGAAUCGAUCGUGGUGGCAUGUCUAUUUAGACAACUACGCUGGGGGUCAGAUUGUGGACAAAGGAGAAGAGACGAUUGGGGGAGAACGUUUGCAUGAACUAGCAGAGACCGCUUGGCAGAAAGCCCAAGUGGGCUUGCAGGGAGAACAAUCCAAGCUUUUCUUUGAGAUGCCUCGUAUUCUAAAACUCUUGAGGAAAGUAGCUGGAGGUAACAUUGUAGUCAAAUUUGUGGGUGAGAACGUAGCGUCCAUGGGCAAGCCCGAAUGUGAACAAAUUUCUGAAGAACUGGAGACCUGGCCCUACCACCUCUAUUGCGCUGAUGCAGUUCCAAUGAAUCGCCCACGUCUUUGCUGGUGCAGCGAAGAGUUGGAAGGUGCAUUAGAGGGGUUAGAAUUUGAGCCUGACACUUUUUGGACUAAGCUCAUAGCAAAAGCACCAUACCCGGAGAUGGAACAGUGGAUUGAGCCAGGUGUGUACUGGCCUGGAGGUACACAGGGAGAAGUUCUCCCCACUGCCAUGCGUGCAAUCAUUAGGUCAAAGCCGCCACCACAACCAGCCGGUCUAAAACGAUGUGACCCCGACACAGUGGCGAGAUGGCAAAGCGAGCAUUUCAAGUUUCCUCCAUAUCAUUAUCAAGAUCGCUUUGUGUUUUGGAAGGGUGAAAAGUGGAGACUGGCAGAUAGCGAUGAGCGUGAACUUCUCUUGGGAUAUGGAUACAAGCAUACUUCUCUCUGUUUUAGCGCUAGCAAGCAGAAACAGUCUUUAGCAGCAUAUGAAAAUGCCAGGUUGUUAGUGAAGUCCUUGAACGCAGUCCUAUUGAUACAUGGCGUGUCCCGGGCUAUCAUUACCUUAGAGACCACCAAAACAGGCAAACGGGAUGCAGCCACUGAAUCAAUCACUCUGGAAGACAUCUUUACUGUCGACGCCCUUGAACAGGUGUUACUGCUGCGGAACUCCCAAGGUUUAUCAAAGGACACUCGCUUUGAGUUUCCGGGGGCGGAUUUCUACGGCGAGAUUUCAGUUUAUGGUCUCGGGAUGGGUCGAGAGUUCGGGCAAAAACUGGAGAAGAUUUAUCGCUAUUUGCUUCAGCUGCUAGCUUUACCUUUGACGCCUCAUGGUUCACACGGCCUCAUUGAGAAACAAAUUCACGAGAUCUGUGGACGGUUUCCCCGCUACAAAGACGGCAUGACGGGCUUGGUCUUGGACGAGAGGGCGGACAGAGUGGUGGAGGGUGAGACAGGAGUAGCAGGAGUAGCAGGAGUAGCAGGAGAUCCGACAGCAUCAUUUGAUUCGACUCUCUUUGGUCGCCUUCCAUCUCUUAUUCAAUCUGGCGCAGGGAGUGCCGGGUACCUCGCGGAGAUCUCGGAAGAAGACUUGUCAGAUGGGUUUCUUGCGGAUAUCAUGAACGAGAAACGCUCCCGCAUCAAGAGUGACUCACAGAGUUCACAGAGUCAUGCAGACAAUGUGUCCGAGUACUUCUGAUGGGAACCAGGGAGCAGCAGCAGAAAUAUACAGCACUUAUACGGCAAUUUAUAUACUGUAUCUUGGGUUAAAUUUCUCGACAAUCAUCAGUGCCUGCCGAAGGCAUUGGUACUGAGACCUUUUUCAGUUUCAUUUUUGGUCUGUGACGUGAACUGACCGCCUUUUCACUCAGACUCUUCGCUGAUGUACGGUGAUGUGAUGCUGCAUGCCGGACAUUUUCUUGCCCAUUAUCGGAUAAGAAUCUAAAGAUUGAUCUAAUUCGGAAGAUCGUGGUGGUUUGAUCAUGUUUGCUCACGACCGCUCGCGGGCUUUGGCCUGGUCAUUCAGCACCUUUGCAAAGCAAAAGAUAAUUCGACAAGGGGACGCAUUAUAUAGCGAUACAAGACCCUGUGAUUGGC